AAUCAAUACAUCGCAGCUACCCUAUAAAAGUUGACUGACCAUUGUGAAAAACUAGAUCAAAAGACCAUGCGUAGGAGUAUUUUAUUAUGUAUGCUUCUUAAUUGUUUAGCCUAUUUUGUUGUUGAAUCUGAUGCUCAACGAGGCGGUGGUCGUGGUGGCGGCGGGAGCCGAGGUGGUGGUGGUCGAGGUGGCGGCGGAAGAGGUGGAGGUGGCGGUCGCGGUGGCGGAGGCCGCGGAGGCGGCUGGGGAGGCGGGCGAGGUGGAGGACGUGGAGGAUGGGGUGAAGGACGUGGAAGAGGUGGAUGGGGAGGUGGAAGAGGAGGUAGUGGAUGGCAUAACUCGCAUAGUCAUGAAAGCUCCGGUUCUAGUUGGCAUCCAACGUAUUAUAACAGAAAUAAUUACUAUGGCGGCUGGGGACGACCACGCGGUCCAGGACUCCUGGGUCUACUUUUCGGAUUUGGGAGGCGUGGUGGAUAUGGCGGAGGAGGUGGAUAUGGUUAUCAGCCUCAAGGAUACUGUAGAGUUGCUCAAUUCGUUGAUUACGUCGGCCCAACGGCUCGUUACUACUGUGAUUGUCCACCGUAUCCACCAAAUUAUCAAUGGACUCAGUGUACAUAUUUGCCUAUAAAAAGUACAAACUUUUGAUUAAUUGGUUUAAUUUUUGAUGUGGAGAGUACAAAUGAAGUUCAAUUUUUU